CUACCUGCUCCCCUCCCCUACUUUACGUAAACACUUUGGUGAAUUCACUUCACCGUAGGCAUUCGACUUACUUAACAUGGCGGAACAACAGGAAGAGAAGACCGUGAGAGUCAGUCAGGAGGAUGCAAAAGAAAAUAUCAAGACAGAAGGUAAUGGUGUUAAAUCGGAACCGAUAAUGGUUGAAGUGACAAAAGAAGAAGACUGUAAUAAUGUCAGCGAUGAAAGUGAAUCCAGCUUGAAGAAACCUGCUGCUUCAACUAAUAUUAAAGAGAGGCACUUCUCCAUUCAGGCAAAGUUGUCAGACCUGAAAAAUCUGAUAGAUGUAAAUGAAUCUGGCAAGAUGUCAUGCCCACUAUGUCCUGAAGACAAGUUUAAAGUAUGUUAUAUCAACAAACUUCAUCGCCACUUACAGAACCUUCACUGGAAAGUGUCUGUAGAAUUUGAAGGACACAGAAUGUGUAUCUGCCAUUUGCCAUGUCGUCAGCAGAAGCAGAAUCUCACCGAAGAUCAGGCAUCAAAUCGAUUGGGGAUUGCUCAUUACCAUUGUAUUGUAUGUUCAGCCACCAUAGCUCGAAGAACUGAUAUGAUCAGCCACAUUAAACGUCAUGUAAACAAAGGAGACACAAAGGCCAGCUACACAGGCGGUUCUGGCUUGCCAUUGGAUACAGAUGAAGUAUCUGUUGAACAGACACGUAUGAAAGUAAUUGAAGAAUCUAAUACCAAUGUUAAAGUGCUUCCAAACUCUGGAACUCCAUUGAAAACAGACACAUUUUUCAAUGGCAAAAUGAAAGCAAACAGGCAGCUCGUUUUCUGUGCCUUAGCAGCAUUAACGGAGGAACGAACUCCUUUGGAAUGUUUAGAUGCAUUUGGAGCAACAGGAAUUAUGGGUCUGCAGUGGGCACAACACCUAUUGGAGAAAGUGAAAGUCACCAUUAAUGAUAUCAGUGAAGCUUCAGUGAAGGUGAUCUGUGAGAACUGUCAUCUUAAUCAAAUAGCAGUAAAUGUGGGAUACAAUGCAACUCAGGAUGACAGCAGAGGGGAGGAUUUUAGGAAACCACUUACAACCGUUGAGGUGACCAAGACGGAUGCCAAUGUCCUCUUGCACAUGCGUGCCUUUGACUUUGUACACCUAGACCCGUAUGGUACUGCAGUGAAUUUCCUAGAUGCAGCUUUUAGGAAUGUACGUAAUCUGGGAAUUGUGUCUGUAACAUCCACAGACAUCAGCUCCUUGUAUACUAAAGCCCCAAAUGUAACUCUAAGGCAUUAUGGGUGUGUUCUUGUAAGAACAGAGUACUACAAAGAACUUGCUGCUAGAAUGGUUGUCGCAGCAAUUGCAAGAGCUGCAGCCCGCUGCAACAAGGGAAUUGAAGUAUUGUUAGCAGUGGCACUGGAGCAUUUUGUCUUGGUGGUGGUACGUGUUCUUAGAGGAUCCACACAGGCUGAUGAAUCUGUGAAGAAAAUUCGACGGCUUCUGCACUGCCAGUGGUGUGAAGAAAGAGUCUUUUUGAAAGAUGGCAGCAUGGUAGAGGAUCUUUACCGACAGCUACCUUGUGAUUGUAACAGGAGUAUGCCAGGCAAAACUGCUGUUGAGCUUGGGCCACUAUGGUCAGGUUCUUUGUUUAAUAUUGGGUUUUUGAGAAGGAUGAUGACUAAAGCAGCACAACAUGGGAUUACAGAAAUCCAACAAGUACUAAAAGCCCUUGUAUGUGAAGCUGAAUGCACAAUACUGAAGACAGUAUCAACACCUGGAUCAGGAAGUCAAAGCUGCUCAGAAAGUGGCCUUGCAAUUGUACCUUCACAAAAACCUGAUGAUGUAGUCAACAGUGAAGCUUCCUCUCAACAAGGAAAGAGAAAAACCACUGAAGUCAGUGGAACAGCAGUAAAAAGACAAAAGUUUGAAGCAUCAUUGGAACACCCCUCAUUUUACUACAGCAUACACCGGCACAGUAUUCGAGGAAUGAAUAUGCCAAAGUUAAAUAAAUUUUUACAGUACUUGACGGAGGCAGGUUUCCGAGUUAGUCGCACCCACUUCGACCCAACUGGAAUCCGCACAGAUGCCACCCUUGGACAGUUUAAGUCUGUACUUGCAGAGUACACAAAGUCACAAACUGGAAAUCAUACAUUCACUUCUGAUGAUGGGAUUGAUAUAGAAUUUGUUUAGAAAUACAUGAAUUGUGUUAAUUUGUUUUAUCUAUAAAGUUAAUUGUUUUGCCUGGCAUUUGGGACAAUAUAGUACAAUUGGACAUUUAAAAGGAAGGAAAUAUGAACAAAACACUGCUCACAACUAUUUUUUUUCUACAAUUAAAGCUUAUGGUAAAUUAUUUUUUGCAUACAUAAAUCCAUCUGCAUUCGUCUUUUACUUUCUCAGAAAUAAAAACUCAGAUUUAUAGUGUAAUUUUCAAAACCUUUUAAUUAUUGUUGGUUUAUUGUUGUAAAAAGUGUGCACAAUUUCACAAUAAAAUUUUACAUUGGAAAGA